UUUCUUGCUUUUUUUUUUUGUUCUUUUGUUUAGGUUAUAAGUAAUUAUCUUAAGCAAAGGUAUGUAAAUAUAGCAGUAAAUUUAUAUUGUGUAGGUUUGACAUAAAUAUUGAAAAAUCGAAAUAUCGAAUUAAAUCUAAUUUUUAUUUUAUUUUAAUUUUGAUUUUUUAAUUUUCAAUUCAAUUUUUGGUAUAUAUUUUUGCAUUUUUGAUAUUUUGAUUCCAUUUUCGAUAUUUUGAUUUAAUCGAAAUAUAUUAUAUUAUAAUAUAUAUUGAUAUCAUAGGAGUAUUAAUUAUUAAUAUGAAACAAUAAAUAUUAUAGGCAAACAAAAUUUAAAAUUAGGUCACCACUGUCCACUUUUCAGCGAUCAGCAGUGCACCGCAGCACUUCUCACUUCCCGCCGACCGCCGCGACCAGCAGCAGCCAACCAGCGGCAGCGACCAGUCCAGGUUUUCUUCUCCAAACAAUCUUGGUUAAGCAUCGAUGAGUUCUCAAACCGUUAAUUCAAGUGAGGACAUUUUUGACUCAUCAUUGAAUCUAGAGGACAUUCAUUACAAAGAAGGCUACUCGGUAGGCUAUACGGAUGGCCUAAAUUCUGGUAAAGAUGAAGGCAAACAGGUAGGACUCAAAAAGGGGUUUGAAGUAGGCGAAGAAUUGGGUUUUUACAAAGGUUGUAUUGAUGUAUGGAAUGCUGCUAUCUUAGUAGAUCCAACUUGUUUCUCAUCCCGAGUGCAGAAAAGCAUCAAACAGAUGGAUGAAUUGCUCAAUAAAUACCCCUUCUCUGACCCAGAGAACGAGUCUGCUACCGAUAUUAUUGACUCCUUGAGACUGAAAUUUAGAGCUAUUUGUGCAACGCUGAAUAUUAAACCGGAGUAUGAUGGGUACCCUAAAACCUCUGGGAUCGAUAACUCCGGUUUCUAAUUGGUCUAAUCAUCAAAGGUCUGAUCAGUUACUUCCUUGUAGACUGUAUAAAUUUGCAUUAUCAACUGUCAUUACAUAGCUGUUGGUGUUGAAAAGAUUCAUGCCAGAGAUUAUAUGUAUUUGCUGGUUUUAA